AUGGCGUCUACUGGACACAGAGGAGACAGCGAGAAGAGAGAAGAUGAGAAGAGGAAGAGGGAGGAAGACUGCGAAGACGGAUCCAAGGAGAUGAAGAAGAGGAGAGAAGAUGACAGGAUAUUGGAGGAUGAGGAGCCAAGGGCCGGAGGCAGCCAGGACCCCGUAACAUCCAGCCCCUACCCCAAAUUUAACAUCAAUCGCUUCACCUUCCAUCAGGUGUUGGGUAGGGGCAGCUUUGGCAUAGUGCUCCUGGCAUCAGUUCCCCGCCGGAACACCUAUGUGGCUAUCAAAAGUAUAAGAAAAACAGGGGACAAUGCAGUAGCUUUAAGGAGAGAGCGACGGAUACUCCUGGAGGCCCGAGACUGCCCAUUCCUAUGCCAUCUCUAUGCCGCACAUCAGUCUCAGGAGCGGGCCUAUUUCAUCACAGAGUAUCUGUCCGGCAGCAGCCUGGAGGCUUUAAUCAAAAUGUGCGGCUACUUGGACAUCAACAAUGUAAGAUUCUACACAGCAGAGAUUGUAUGUGGCCUCCAGUUCCUCCAUGGACACAACAUCGUCCACCGAGACAUAAAGCCAGAGAACAUCAUGCUGGAUAAAGAUGGACACAUCCGCAUCAUAGACCUAGGGCUGGCCCAAGAUGGUGUCACCUCCUCCAAUAAGACCAGUGGAGUGACGGGUACACACUGUUUUAUGGCCCCUGAGGUAUUUGUCGGAAUGGAGUAUUACACAGCAGUUGACUGGUGGAGCCUGGGGAUUGUAGUGUCCAGAAUGUCAUCAGGACGCUCCCCAUUUUACUAUGGCCCCAUCAGGAAAGAGGCGUACAAAUCCAUCACCAGAGCCAAGCCAUACAUCCCAUCUUGGUUGGACGCCGACGUGCAACAUCUUAUUAAAAAACUGCUGCGUAAAAACCCUGACAGGCGGCUGGGUGUCUAUAAGAACAUCAGACACCAUCCAUUCUUUAACAGCAUUGUCUGGGAGGAACUGGAGGAGAGGAGAGCACAGCCGCCAUGUGUACCAUUCAGGGCAGCUCUGGAGAACAAAUAUCUGCAGUGGCCGAAGGAUACAACACCACUUCACCCCGUGGCUGGAUUCUCCUAUGUGUCACCAAGCUUGGCCCGGAUCAGCCCGUGCCUACUGCCCAGAGCUUUGUGCCUCCUGAUACACAUCUCUGCUGCUGUAUAA